CACCACGUGGAAAAACCAAAAGGUUAAAAGCGCACCUCUCUCCACCAAUUGAGUGUCAGAGUUUAAAAAAAGGUUAAGCAAAGGAAUGGAGAGACUGUGAAGGAAAGCAAGCAAUAACGAUGGAGGGAAGGUGUGCUUCAAGCCAAAUAUUAAUGGCAAACUGUAUGGUGGCAGAUGCACAUUGAACAACUGCAAUAAAAAGGUGUAUUCUUUCAGUUGGUUUUUCGUGCAACACCACACAUCUUCAAACUGCAUGUGUGCUACUUCAUCAUUCACUACAUAAAUCAAAAGCAGGCAAUCAUGAUCAUGAUGCUGAAACUUCAAAAGGGUCUCUGAGCAGCACCAGCUUAAUUGAUCUCAACAACUCCCUUCCUCGCCAUUAAUAUUAUUAAAUACAGAGAGAUACAGGGAGCCUCUUCUCUCCUUUCUUUCCUCUCAACUCGUCCUUUUCCAACUUUCUUUUCUUGGUUCGCUGUUUAGGCUUGGAAAUAACCAUGAAACUCAGAUUUUCUUUCUACCCUUUGUUUUUCUCCUAAUGGUUUCCUAGCUUCACGUUUUUCUUUUACCCAUUUCUUUUUUCUCGGCGCUGAAAAAGAUAUGGGUGUUACUGGGAGAACGGGAAGAUGCUCCUGUUCACCUCCUUCUUAUAAGGACCAUCUUCUUCUGCUACGGAUUCUCUUUGUUGCCAUGCUUCUGCAAAGGGCCAUGGUUGAAUCCAGAACGCUAAAUUACACCAGACACACGCAAACCAGUACCCUUAGACUUGAAAGGAUUACCAGGCACUUGGACAAGAUCAACAAGCCUCCUGUGCUCACCAUAGAGAGUCCGGAUGGAGAUCUUAUAGAUUGUGUUCACAAAAGAAAACAACUGGCUUUAGAUCAUCCCCUUUUAAAGAAUCACAAGAUCCAGAAAAUGCCAACGGAGAUGCCAAGAGGAAUGAUGAAAGUGAAUAAGGAAGAUGAAGGAGAAAGCAUGGCAUGGCAAACGUGGCACUUGAAUGGGACACGGUGUCCAAAGGGAACGGUUCCGGUACGACGGAGCACGGUGCAUGACGUGCUCAGAGCAAAGUCUUUGUAUGAUUUUGGGAAGAAACGUGCACGAGUUCCUCUCUCUCGCCGCAGCGAUGCCCCCGAUGUUCUCAGCGCCAAUGGCCAUGAGCAUGCGAUCGCAUAUACGGGGUCGUCGCAAGAAAUGUACGGGGCCAAGGCAACAAUAAACGUAUGGGAUCCAUCAAUUCAAGUGAUUAACGAAUUUAGUCUUUCACAACUUUGGAUUCUUUCAGGAUCCUUCGAUGGCACUGAUCUUAAUAGCAUCGAAGCUGGAUGGCAGGUCAGUCCGGAGCUCUAUGGUGACAGCAGACCCAGAUUGUUCACUUAUUGGACGAGUGAUUCAUAUCGUGCAACCGGAUGUUACAACCUUCUCUGUGCUGGGUUUAUUCAAACAAACAGUAGAAUAGCCAUUGGAGCUGCCAUAUCUCCUGUCUCUUCCUAUGGUAGCAACCAGUACGACAUUACUAUUCUCAUCUGGAAGGAUCCAAAAGUAGGGAAUUGGUGGAUGAGUUUUGGUGAUAAGACGUUGGUGGGGUAUUGGCCGGCAGAGGUAUUCACGCACUUAGCAGAGCAUGCAACGAUGGUGGAGUGGGGAGGAGAGGUGGUGAACUCACGCAGCAAUGGGCAACACACGUUCACCCAAAUGGGGUCUGGGCAUUUUGCAGAGGAUGGUUUUGGAAAAGCAAGCUACUUCAGGAACCUUCAGAUCGUAGACAUGGAUAACAGUCUGAGUUCUGUGCAGAGCAUCUCAACCUUGGCCGAAAACUCAAACUGUUACGACAUCAAGAGCUUCUACAGCAACGAAUGGGGCACUUAUUUCUACUAUGGUGGGCCUGGGAACAAUCCACAGUGCCCAUGAUAGUUCAUAUCAAUUCUCAUCCACUUCACUUUCAAAUUACUCCAUCUCUCUCAAAAAUAUGUUUAUCUCUUUCUGUUACAUUCUUUACUUGUACGUAAUUAUAGAAUUAAUACUCUGUCUUUUCAA